ACUUGCUCUCUGUGUGCUUGGCUGCCUGUGUCACGUGACGCAGCGGGAACAUGGCGGCGCCGGUGGACGAUGAGUUUGAGGAUGCCCCGGACGUGGAGCCCCUGGAGCCCACCCUGAGCAACAUCAUAGACCAGCGCUCCCUGAGGUGGAUCUUCGUGGGGGGGAAGGGAGGAGUGGGCAAGACCACCUGCAGUUGCAGUCUCGCUGUGCAGCUGUCUCGAAUACGGGAGAGUGUCCUGAUCAUAUCCACAGACCCCGCUCACAAUAUUUCUGAUGCCUUUGACCAGAAGUUUUCCAAGGUUCCCACAAAAGUCCGUGGUUAUGACAACCUCUUUGCUAUGGAGAUUGACCCAAGUCUCGGGGUGGCAGAACUCCCAGAUGAGAUAUUUGAGGAGGACAACAUGCUGAGUAUGGGUAAGAAGAUGAUGCAGGAGGCCAUGAGUGCCUUUCCAGGGAUCGAUGAGGCUAUGAGCUACGCAGAGGUUAUGAGGCUGGUGAAAGGCAUGAAUUUUUCAGUGGUGGUCUUUGAUACAGCACCCACUGGACACACACUGCGACUCCUCAACUUCCCAACUAUCGUAGAGAGAGGUCUUGGGAGACUUAUGCAAAUCAAGAACCAGAUCAGCCCUUUCAUAUCACAAAUGUGUAACAUGCUUGGUCUUGGAGAUAUGAAUGCUGAUCAGCUUGCAUCCAAGCUAGAAGAGACCCUUCCUGUCAUCCGAUCGGUCAGCGAACAGUUUAAAGAUCCGGAACAGACGACAUUUAUCUGCGUGUGCAUUGCUGAAUUCCUGUCGCUGUAUGAGACAGAGCGCCUGAUCCAGGAGUUGGCCAAGUGUAAAAUAGAUACUCACAACAUUAUUGUUAACCAGCUGGUGUUUCCGGAUCCUGAGAAGCCAUGCAGGAUGUGUGAGGCCAGGCACAAGAUUCAGUCCAAAUAUCUUGACCAGAUGGAGGACCUUUAUGAAGAUUUCCACAUUGUGAAGCUUCCUCUUCUCCCACAUGAAGUCCGAGGUGCAGAAAAUGUGAAUACAUUCUCCAACCUUCUCCUAGAGCCCUACACCCCUCCCAGUGGGGAAUGAGUGGAAAUGCGAGGGGCUAUGUGGAAUAUAGUGCUGUCAUUGCAUAAACACUACACCAGUUUAAUAACGAGUGGAGGGCCAGACAUCUACAAUUAAUCUACCCGCUCCAUCCCCUCCCUCCUCUCAUCCAGCACUCUCCCUAGCCUUCAUGGAUGCCCCACUUCUUUAGAGGGGUGGGUUCUAUUUAUUCAUUCUGGUAUUUGGGGACCUGAGCGCUUUAAAUUCUCACUGAUGUUUAUGUUGCCUCUGUCUCCAGUUGUGUGCCUACUUGUCUCCCAGUCUCUCUUCUCUCGUUUCCGCUAACUCUUAAAGAUACGGACGUACAAACCGGCACAGAGCAUGACUAAUACACAAACUGUACUUUCAUUGCAUUGACUGUCCACUUCUUGCCCUUCCUUAAAAAAAUAAAAAAAAAACACUGGUAGAUCUAAGGAGAGAGAGGAGGGGGGGGGGGGGUGCAAGUAUUCAUUUCUGUUCAUAAAACUGGAGUGUUUUUAUAUAUUCAGAAUAACAAGCCGUAGCAGUACCUUUAUGACCAGUGGACAGAUUUUCUGAAUUUACUCCAUCAGCAGGCGAUGGAUUUACUGCCUUAGGCCAUGUUACUGUAUUACAGUUUCCAAAGUUUGUCAAUGAAUUAUGGGAAAUGUAGUCCACUAGCAGCUGGAGAACUGCCAAGUUUGGAGAGACACACCCCUAUUUUUAGUCACAAUUGUUGUAUCAAUGUUCUCCAUCUCUACAGUGCAAGUGAUCAGUAUCUCCCCUGGAGAAGGUUGGAACUGUAGGCAUGAUUUCUGUAACCGGUAGAGGCUUCCUGAGGAGUUGCUAAAGGAAGCUGUUUGCAAAUAGGUAGCAUGAUGUCAUGUCACAGAUGUUUUGCCAAAUUCCCUUCCUUUCUACGAGGGAAUAAAGAAUAAUUUAGACCAUG